CUUCUCUUUGCAACAACCACAGAUUGACCGACGAUUAGACAUCAUGGUCCGACAACUCAAGCAUCACGAGCAGCGCUUGCUCCGCAAGACAGACUUCAUCACAUGGAAGCAAGAUAACAACCACAGAGAUGCGGCUGUUAUACGGCGGUACAUGAUUCAAAAACCGGAAGAUUAUCACAGGUACAACAGAAUUUGCGGUUCCCUGCGCCAACUAGCACAUCGCCUCAGCUUGCUUUCCCCCGAAAGCCCCACGAGACGGAAACAUGAGGAGUUACUUCUUAACAAGCUCUACGAUAUGGGCAUACUGUCGUCAGCCUCAAAACUCUCCAAUGUUGAGAACAAUGUUACAGUAUCUGCAAUGGCGCGGAGGAGGCUGCCAGUCGUCAUGACCCGACUACGAAUGGCCGAGACGGUUCAGGCUGCUACAAAGCUCAUCGAACAGGGACAUGUUAGAGUGGGUGUCGAGACUAUCACAGACCCUGCAUUUUUCGUCACGAGAAACUUGGAAGACUUUGUGACCUGGGCCGUCGGCAGCAAGAUCAAGAGGAAUAUCAUGAAGUACCGUGACAAGUUGGAUGAUUUCGAGCUGCUGUGAUUGAGUACGAGGGAUGGCAGUUAUUUCACUCAGGUACAUUAUGAGGAUCAAAUGCAUCGGGUUCGGUUCAUAGCAUGGCGUUCAAGGUCGUAGUGAAAAUACACUACGCAAUCAUUUGCUUGGGUUAGCUAACCGGCAAUGGUAUGUCUUCAAUGUUUUUUAUGGCACAAUUGUUACAAAUAGUGAUACGUACCUACCAUAUAAGAACGUGCCCAGUCUGAUUACAAGUAGACAGGCUGAUUACCUAAGUGCCCAAGUAUAUAAGACAAAGCAUGAAGCAGCACUAGGUACCUACCUACAUAGGUAGAACCCAGAUAUGAAUAUCAUGUUCUGCCAUUGACGCCUACACUUUGGAUGUAUCAUGUACAUAGGAGGUAUCCAUGAGGCACAUCAAUAUAUGUAGGUA